GCGCGCAACACAGCAAUCGCUGGAAAAGCUGGAUUCCAUGAGGCAGAAUACAUGAAGCAUCUACACACAGAAGACGUUGACAUCUAAGCUCUCCAGAUACUGGGAUGGCCUUGGUUAUUUGAUUUGCUGGGGGGUGCGGAAUGCCGCCGAGAUGCAACGGUCGUUCGACCGGUACAUCUCCAUCAGCCGACUGGGCUACGGCGCAGUCGACUGUCCUUGCGCUCAAAUCACCCGUGGGAGUUUGAACGCUACUACCAACCAGUCGCUGAGGCGCUUGAUCGGUAAAACGGGGUCCGAUGGACCACCGGGGACCCCCCCUCCAGUCGACUGUCGCAGUGAGUGAGCGAAGGGAGGUGUGAGGGCCCGAAGAAACCCUGAACACCAGUGGACAGACUUUAUAUACCCACCCACCUCAUGUACACGCCCAACCCUUCC